UUCAGGAAAGGACCGGAAGUGUUAAGCAGGCAAGUGUAGUGUUGGCAUCUCGCGCUGAGCUGAGUGUUUUAAUGAGGAGCUGGAUGAUUAUCAAUGGACAACUUUUAUAUUAAACCAGGAAAUCAGGAGCGGGGUUGGAACGACCCUCCACAGUUUUCAUAUGAUAUGCAGACAAGCUCUGUGGGACCAAAAAGGAAUGUCCUCAACAAGAGGGUGCCCCCACCUCAACUCACAGGCCAAAGUCCUGGAACAGGUUUGCCUCUGUCUCCAGCCGUUAGUUCAGGCCCUUCAAGUAGCCCAGGUCCUCCACCUGUGGGCGGACUGACCCCUCCUCCUCCUCCUAAGAGCAGAAUGUCUCCAGGUGGAGUAACAGGUUCUGUCUCCGCAGAGAAUGAACCCAACCUAAGUGAUGUACAAGCACCACUUCUCUGGGCUCUGACUACAUGUAGACAAUCUGUAAAGAAACAGGUUUGUGAUGAUGUGGAGAGGAGACUGAAGCUGUUUGAAGAAAUGUGGAAGAGUGGCAAACUGUCUCUCGCUGUAAAAUGUAGGAUGAAUAGACUUUCUCAAGAGCUAAAUAACAAGAGGUGGGAUGCAGCUGAUGAUAUUCACAGAUCUCUGAUGGUAGAUUAUGUAAAUGAAGUUAGUCAGUGGAUGGUGGGAGUUAAGCGUCUUAUUGCAGAAACAAGGAACCUGAACCCAGAGCUGCUCCACACUGAGGAAGCACCAUCCAAUGCAGAGGAGAAGCUGCACAAGGCUGAGGAGGCCCUGCCCCAGACAGAAGAGGCAGCUCAAAGCAACAGCUAAAUCUGUCCAGUGACAACAUACUUGAGACUUUUCCGUCUGAGCCUUAUUCAAACAUUACUUCUUUUUUUUUACUUCUCUUUAAAGCUGCUUUCUAAGCUACACAUCAAAAUACUGAAAAAUACUCUUUUAUUUUGCUCUGUUGAUUUUCUUGAAUAUUUCCUUCUAACACUGUGGGCAUGUGGGCAGCAGAGGGUAUUAUGAAGCUAGCUACUGGAACUAGAUAAACCAUGGAUCUAUGUGUGGGUAAUGGUGGGGCGCAAAGUGUACUCCAGUAUUUGUCGUUGAUUUCUAUUUCAAGCAGAAGACAGUAGAAAGACACUUUUCAUUUUUCUGCACAGGUAAAUAACAGACCAAAAAUGUUAAGUUCAGUCUCUUUCUAUGCAAUCAUUAUUCCAGAUGAGUCUGUCUGUAGUGUAAUGGCCUGUUUUUAUUAUUAUAUAUCAUAUUAUUAUGUUUAUAUUACCGGUAUUAUUAUUAAACAACACCAACCUGCACAUGCUGCAUCAUGACUGCAUGUUAAUAGAUCCGUUUUACAUACACAAACACUAACUAAAUACCUGAGUGAAGUCAUUGUGUAUUUGUAAAAUUCCUUGACAAAAAAUGAUGCAUGAGGCAUGUGCUUGUAUGUUAUAAGUUGUAAACUUAUGUAUAAAUGUUCCCAUCAUGUCCCAUUUUCUUAUUGAGUAAAUAAAAUAUUUUUUUUCAUGA